AUGCUUUCAAUAGAAAAAGAAAAUUCAAGAGUUGCUACAACUAAACCAUUAGAUGAACUUUUUACGAAUGUCGGUCAAAAGUUUGAGACAGAGACCGUAAAGCAUGAAGGCUAUCGUUUUGACUACCCACUAAGAUGGUUAAGAGACCCAUCCGUCACAAAAGCUAUUGGCUUUCGUAGAAUGAAGUUCAUUUCAGAAGCCAUACAUGGUUUCCCAUUUACGGUCGGUUUUGAAGUUCGAUACUAUAACAAAGAAAAACGUACGUAUGAGAAAUUUGUACAGGGAAAACUUUUACAAGUUAGUUUGCUUGUAAACUUAGAAACAACUCUUCAAGCUUUUCAAGAAAAAAUAAACGAUAUCUAUCUCGAAUAUGCAAACCAGUUUAACAUUGACGAAGGAGAGUACCAUCUCGAUAUUUUAUAUGACAGGAAAAAUGCAACUGUUAAAUUCAAUAGAAUAGAAGACCUUGGAGAAAAC